AUGGUCAAUGCAUCACGGUACGAGGAUGCUGUUAAAAAUGAAUCGGUGGUUGCAUACGAAACGGUGAAGCUUUUCAAUGUAGAGCAACAUGAGUUUCAUCGAUACCGCACUGCUGUUAGAGAUUAUCAGAAAACUGAGUACUAUUCGUCUCUGCGCGGCACAGUGCUUAAUACUGUCCAAAAUACUGUCCUGAUGACCGGGUUACUCUGCACGUGCUUUAUUGCUGCGUACCAGGUGUCCACUGUUCAGCAACCCCUCCAGGGCCCACUGGGAUAUUUCGGUUCCUUCUACCUCUCUAUCCAAUCGUCUUUGAUUAAUGCUAAGCGUAUAUUGGAACUCUUCCGAGAACAGUCAACAGUGGUGGAUAGCAAGCUUGCUACGCCGUUAGUUGCCUGCAAAGGAGAGAUCCGGUUUCAGAAUAUCAAAUUUUUCUACGAUGACAGAAAGGUUCUUUUUAAUGGACUUACAUUCACUUGCAAGCCAGGGACCACUAUAGCCCUAGUUGGAGAGUCUGGAGUGGGUAAAUCGACCAUCUUCCAGAUCUUGUAUCGGUUCUACAACCCCGCAGAUGGCAGUGUUCAUGUUGACGGAUAUGAUGUGCGGGACCUCACUGGGGAUUCUAUUCGCAGGCACGUUAGUAUAGUGCUACAACAUCUAGCACUCUUCAACGAGUCCCUGAUGUACAACCUGAAAUACGCGAACCAGAAUGCCACCGAUGAGGAGGUCUAUAACGCUUGCCGCGCUGCUGGUAUUCACGAUAAGAUAAUGGCAUUCCCCGAUGGCUACGAUUCCAAAGUGGGAGACCUCGGCCUACGGCUUAGUGGUGGCGAGAAGCAACGCGUGGCUAUUGCUCGCACAAUCCUCAAAAAAACCCGUAUCAUCCUUUUGGAUGAAGCAACAUCUGCCCUUGAUGCUGUUUCCGAAACCUUUCUUCAGAGGUCCCUGAAGACAUUCUCCUAUGACCGCACCAUACUAGUGAUUGCCCAUCGGCUUAGCACAAUAACAGCAGCAGACUGUAUCCUAGUCCUGCACGAGGGCCGAGUGGUCGAAAGAGGAACACAUACUGAGCUCCUAGAACUAAAUAGUCGGUAUGCGGACAUAUGGCGAAACCACACCCGGGAGUAA